AUGUCUGAUGACGAGGGAGCCUCACCGCGCGAAGUGGUUGUGGAAGCCUGCCGCCGCGACCAACCCUACCUCAUUGAAGAGCUCCACGAAAAUUUAUACAAGGAUAAGCCUGAUGAGUUUUCAGACUUCAUUAACGGAGUCACAGACUCUAUGGGAAACUACGCGCUACACAUCUGUGCCACCUACGGUAGCUACCCUACCAACCGUAUCGAUGGCGACACACCGCUCCACCUGGCCGUUCGGCACGGGAACGAAAAGGACAUUGAAGUCGGCAUGUCAAUGUUAGAGAUGAUGCUUGAGGCAGGCUGUGAUCCGCGUAUACGGAACAAGAAAGGCCAAAAACCAGCAGAUUGCGUGAUGCCGCAAUAUAAUCAGAUGAGAACUGCACUAAUGAAGGUGGAGUAUAUGAUGCAAGAGGGCCAAGGGGUGGAAGGGCAGGGCCAGGAUGCUGACGAAGAUGAGCCUAGCGAUGGGCCGAGUGAUGAUGAGGAUGAUGGUCAGGCGAGGAAACGUUAG